AUGUCAUUACAUACAGUCGUUAUAGAUCGCAAAUUAAAACCAAAGAAAACGAAGUUUUCAUCAAUUCAAUCAAAAACAUCGGUGAAAGAGUAUUGGUUAAAUAAUAUAAAGCAAGAAGAUAAUCAGUUAUUUCGUCAAUCAACAGAAAAAUAUGAGUCAUUAUACACAAUUGUUAAUGGCCCACAUACGAAUCUAUCUUCGAAUGCCAUUCUUGAAUCAUUUCUUUGGGCUUAUUAUCGACAUCAUGACAUAGUUCUUUCACCUGAUGAUAUGUGGUUAUUAGUAUGUAUGUUUUUUGCUCAACAUGUCAAUGAAAAUGCUGAACAACUUCGAUCAAACUUUGUUGAACAUAAUAAAGGAGCAAUGACAUUAACUACAAAUAAUUUCGAUGAUAAAUAUGACUGGAAUGAAUUUUAUGAUCAAAUGAAAAAAGAAAUUGUAAAAAAUACAAAGAAUAAUAUUUGUCAAUUACUAACAGCUGAUUUUUCUACAACUGGAAAAGUAGAAUCAAUUCUUUCAACUGCAUGUAUUAUGAAUACAUUUAAAUUUUACUUUGAAUAUCAACGUGAAAUAUGCAUUUGUGGAAUUCGACAAGUACAUUUCAUGGGUACAUUAAAUGAUUGGCAAUCACUUCGUAUUAAAACUGAACAACUGAAAUUAUUUACAGAUGAGAAGUUUCAUGGAUAUUUGAUUGGUGUAUUGUCAAUUUUCGAUCAAUUUAUCGAAACCUACAAAGAACAAAUCAGCCAAGAAGACAAUAUACCAAAUAACCUCAAUCCUGAUGAUAGUCGUCAAUCUGAAACCAAUUUCUGUCGUUCAUUCAGUGAUAUUCUAAUAUCUAUCCAAUGCGAGGCAGAUUCUCACAAUGAAGAAGUUGGCUCAGAAGAACCACAUUCAGAUCAAUAUUUAUCUACUACUUGUUAUCCCCCAUCAGUCCCCGAGGUCCACACAUCACCCAAUGCGAAUUCGAUAAAUAAAGAUGUGGACGACAAAAAUCAGCGCAGUAUCGGUGAAUUGAUAUUAAUAGAUCCAUUGGGAAAAGAUUAUCCAAACAACAGUAAAAAUUUCUAUGGAAUAAACACAUGGUCAUUAGCUCGUGUUUGUUUAAAUAAUUCAAAUGAAUCUUUACCAAAAUAUUAUAUUCGGAAUCAGUCUCGAGCAACUAUGAGUAUGUCAGACGAACAAGAACAUCAAAUUGCUUUAGACGACCUAACUAAAAUGUGUGGAGGUACCGACAAUGAACAACAAUAUUGGUUUCAUGCAACAAGUUGGAAUAAUGCACAAAAUAUCAUUGAAACAGGUCCACAAAUGGGUGAUAAACCAUCUGAUUAUUCAUCACAUGGAGCAUUUUAUCUCAAUCCCUGCUAUUAUGAUUGUUAUGAUUGGUUUAUUACUCGUAAUUCUGUUUUUAAAGGACAUCACGCAAUGAUAAUUUAUAAAUUUAAUCCAGAAGAACUUAGUAAAAAGGAAGAAACACCUGAUAAAAAGCAAUGGAAAAAAAAUGUCAAAGAACUUAAAGAAUCAUCAUUUAAAAAUGAUUUUGAUUGGUCUCGUGUUCGUCAAGAUAAGAAUCCUGGUAAUUUUAGUAAAAAGCAUCAAAUCGCAGCUCGACCAACAACUCAAGGAAAACUGGCAAUGCAGUUGGUAAUACAUACUGCAUCUAUGUGUGAAAAAAUACAUCUUUAUUUAGCUGGUUGUAUCUUUUAUCAAAAUAUUCCAUCUAAAAGAUCGCAAUAUGAAUAUCAAUACACAGCACAAGAUUUCUUAAAGAAACCGUCAACUGUAUUAUCAUCUUCUCAAAGUAACACUUUGUUAAAUAAUCAACAACACCAAAAGCAACAAAAAAAGAAUGAUUUAAAUGAAAAUAAUCUGAAGAACAAAUUUCGUCCACACAAAUCGAAAAAAAAAUCAUCGAAUGAAGGAUAA